UGGCGUCCUCUCGCCUCCCGCACGGGCCGUGCGCCCUGCGCCUCCCUCCCGCUGCCGGAGCAGGAGGCCGGGCGCGGUCCGGGGGAGCGGUCGGGCUCCGGGGCUGUGGGUUCGCAGCGCUGCCUACAGGGUCGCCCCAGGCCCUGUUGCGCGGGCAGGCUUUUUGCGGGGCUCUUUUACUGCUGUUUUCCCUUGCCAGGCCUGGAUGCUGGAGGAUUGCUUAGACCGGCGGCCGAGAUGCGGAGGUGACUGGCCACGUGAGGAUCCGGAGCCAGGGAGAGCGCAGGGCUCGGGCCAGGUGGACGCCCGCCCGCCGGCAGGGCGGCUCGGAGCCCAGCAUGGAGGCGGAAGGCUUGGGUUGGCUUCUGGUCCCGCUGCACCAGCUGGUCUCCUGGGGGGCCUCCGGGGCCAUAGUCUUUGGAGGGGUGGUGCCGUACAUCCCUCAGUACAGGGAUAUCCGGAGGACGCAGAAUGCCGACGGUUUCUCCACUCAUGUGUGUCUGGUGCUGCUGGUGGCCAAUAUUUUACGGAUCCUCUUCUGGUUUGGAAGGCACUUUGAGUCACCCCUCCUGUGGCAGAGCAUAAUCAUGAUCCUGACCAUGUUACUGAUGCUGAAACUCUGUACUGAGGUCCGCGUGGCAAAUGAGCUGAACAUAAAACGCCGCUCCUUUGCAGCUGCAGACAGUAAGGAUGAAGAACUCAAAGCUCCCCCCAAACGGUCCUGUCUGGACUUUGAUCUGCACCACUUCUGGCACUGGAGCAGCUUCACUGACUAUGUGCAGUGUGUCCUGGCCUUCACUGGUGUGGCGGGCUACAUCACCUACUUGUCCAUCGACUCGGCCGUGUUUGUGGAGAUGCUGGGCUUUCUGGCAGUGCUGACGGAGGCCAUGCUGGGUGUGCCGCAGCUGUAUCGCAACUACCACCACCGCUCUACAGAGGGCAUGAGCCUCAAGAUGGUACUCAUGUGGACAAGUGGUGACACGUUCAAGACAGCCUACUUCCUGCUCAAUGGCGCACCCUUGCAGUUCUCGGUCUGUGGCCUGCUACAGGUGCUGGUGGACCUGGCUAUCCUGGGGCAGGCCUAUGUCUUCGCCCAUCACCCCCAGAAGCUAGUGCCCCACACAGCACACCCCGCCAGUGCCAAGGCCCUGUGAGGUGUUCAAGGAGUACAAGGACGUGUGACUGCCAGCCUGGGGCACUGACCAGCACCUGAGCUCCGUGUGUUGGGGAGGGGUCCUGUUGUCCAUACAGGAGAAUGGCCAUGUGGGUGCAGGCUCUCCAUCAGCCUCUGGGUGAGGCACUCAGGGCAGGUGGGCUGGGGCCAGCAUUCAUGCUUACCACCGUAGGUAUGGUGAGAGUGGAUCUCACACCCAGGGCUGUCCCUCAGGUAUUUUUAAGGAGGUGGACAAAGCGAGUACCUUCCUUAUGUCCUCUUUGAAAACACUGGCCUGACCCCGAAGCAGGUUUGCAGCCACCUAAUGGGGCUAAGUGCUCAGUGACCUUGGCCCAGCUCACAGUAUAGCCUUUCUGGAUAAGCCUGGAAGAAGAGGGCCUUCGGCUCCCAGGACAGUGGGUAGGGAUCCCAGCUGCAGGCAGCGCCAUCCUCAUACUCUGUCCACCUAUUGUGCCAAGCUAUGAGUCUGCAGUGUUUGGAGGUGGACACUGCUGGCCUGACACGUUGCUGUAUUUUGCCCUCUUCAGUUUAACCUGAGGUGAUGCCAUUCUCAGCAUCCUGUGCUGACCUGGCCGUUUCUGGGCCUAGAGUUCCAGAUGCUUCUGUGUGGCUCCUACAGAUGGCAUCUGCCCUUCUGCUAGGCAGGAGGGCUGCUUCCGGUGCACAGGUCUCUGCUGUCUGCUGUCAGCAGCAAAGCUCUGCCAUAGCUACUGUGUAACUUAAUAUGGUUGGAGGGAAACCAUCAGUGCUGUCUCCACCUUUUGAGUUUCCCUCAGAACUCUUGAAUGUUUGAGUGAGGCUGUUACUUAGCUCUUUGGCUCAUAAAGAUACUUUGAAAAUGUGCAUUUUUUAAAUUGAAGGGAGAUGUGUCUAGUGGUAAUUCCCUCUGAAUUAAAAUGUCACUGAUUUGCAGGCUGCAGAAUGAAUGUACCCCAUGUGGCAGCUUUUGAGACAAUAAACUGCUUGUAGAUCCA